CAUCCUGUAAACACAUCACUAAAUGUUCUUGAGCAGCUGUUCACCGAGUGGGACAACAAGAACACAGAAUGGGACAACACGAACACAGAGCGGGACAACAAGAACACAGAGUGGGACAACAAGAACACAGAGUGGGACAACAAGAACACAGAGUGGGACAACAAGAACACAGAGUUGGAUCAAAAUUAUUUUCAACAACUAGAGAUUCUGUUGGUGUUUGAUUCAUCAUUCCAACCAAUCAUUUUACAGGUCAGCCCCAAACAAUUCACCAAACAGCUUAGCUCUGUCAGCAACUUUCUUCUAGAACAGAACAUUCUAGAUGACACGGCCACCAUGCUAGUGUCCAGAAAACCAACAUCUGCUGAUUUACUUUGGCCACUGUAUGACCUUGGAGUGAUUAAUGUCAAAGGUAACAUGAUCUGUGACACAUCAGAAGUCUUCUGCCUGAAAGAGGAGGACGUCACAUUCUUGUUAAAUACAAGACGAGAACAGAAAGCUUCCAAAAACUGGAUCCGUGUAAGCAAAUAG